AUACUGCGGCAGACAUUUAACCCACAAGUAGCAGGCAGCUAACAUAUCAGAGGUACAUGCUCUGCUGAGCUCUGAAGAGCCCAGGACAAGUUUAGAAAAGAAAAGAAGAAGAAAAAAAAAAGGACUGGAAGGGGUUGGUCUCAGUCCUCUUCUUGCCUGAACACGUGCAGCCCUUUCAGAACUCAAUCCCGCUGAUCAGCAUGGCCUCAUCCGAUGACACAGAAGGCUCUCUGACUCCUGUGGAUUUUAUCCAGCUGCAACAUUACAUGGAAGAGAGUAAUUUGAGGGUAAAAGAUGUGAUCAAGGAGUUUCAGCCUGGAGGUCGUCUAGCCCAGCACAGUUUUGGAGAGUGUGUGGAUGCUGUGGGCUUCUGCCUCUUCCUCAAAACCUACCUAGAAGUGGACGACUUUCCUGAAGAUUUCUGCCAACGUCUUUUCCGUUAUUUUCAGCACGUAGAGCAGGAUGGGUCCACAAAGAGUUCCUUACCUAAAGAAGGUGGGGUCUUUCUUCGUGAUGUAUCCUGUUACUUUUCAGUGCUUGAGGAAGCACAGCCGCGUGAGAAGCUUGAAUUUACCUUCAAACUUUACGACAAAGAUGGCAACGGACUCUUGGACAGUUCUGAAGUGGAUCGUAUUAUCACACAGAUGAUGCGGGCUGCUGAUUAUCUGGGCUGGGAUGUGACUGAACUCAGACCAGUGCUAAAAGACAUGAUGAAUGCAAUUGAUGUGGAUGGUAGUGGGACCGUGACUCUGGAGGAGUGGGUGAAAGGAGGCAUGAACAAUGUGCCUUUACUUGUCCUGCUUGGACUGAAGAUGACUGAGAGGGAUGGGCAGCACAUUUGGAGGAUGAAGCAUUUUAACAAGCCGACCUACUGCAGUGUGUGUGAGAGCAUGCUGCUCGGCCUUGGGAAGCAGGGACUCUGCUGCAUCUGUUGCACGUACACGGUCCACAGCCAGUGUGCAAACAAAGAUCCCGAACCUUGCGCCCCCACAUUCGUCAAAUCCAAACAGGAAAUUGGUAAAGCUGCUCAUGACUGGAUCAAAGCUGACUGUAACUCCAGCAAGUGUCAGGUCUGCUUCAAGAAGAUCAAAACUUUAGCAGGGAAGCGCUGUGUGUGGUGUCAGGAGAUGCGACAUGAUGACUGUGUUCUACCUGGCUUACCGAAAUGUGAUUGUGGAGCGCUGAGAGACCACAUACUGCCUCCAUGGGCUAUCUGUGCUAUUUCAAAGGAGGAAGAUACCAGUCUGUUCAAUGUUACUCCUGAUGGCCACAUCCUGCAGAUUGUACCUAUUCCUGACACCCACCCUCUUCUGGUGUUUGUAAACCCUACAAGUGGAGGAAAACAAGGUGAACGAGUCCUCAGAAAGUUUCACGGCCUGCUGAACCCUCGUCAAGUGUACAACCUGUCCAACGGAGGCCCUGCUCCAGGGCUGCACUUCUUCCGUAGUCUUCGUCAGUACAGGAUCCUGGUGUGUGGGGGAGACGGAACAGUCGGUUGGCUCCUGGAUGCCAUAGACAAAGCAGGCCUCCAGGUGCAUCCCCCAGUAGCUGUCCUGCCUCUGGGCACUGGGAAUGACCUGGCUCGCUGUCUUCGCUGGGGAGGAGGAUAUGAUGGGUCUGACUUGAGAGAAAUCCUGAAGGAGAUUGAGACUAGUGAGAUGAUUCCCAUGGAUCGCUGGAGGAUCCAGGUGAUCCCAAACGACCCUAAAGAGGCAGGAGAUCCUGUACCCUUUGAGAUCAUUAACAAUUACUUCUCUAUUGGAGUGGAUGCCUCUAUUGCUCAUCGUUUCCACUCCAUGAGAGAAAAACACCCCCAAAGGUUCAACAGUAGAAUGAAGAACAAACUUUUGUAUUUUGAGUUUGCUACUUCAGAGUCCAUCUCUGCCUCCUGCAAGAAGCUGAAGGACUGUCUUGUGAUUGAGUGUUGUGGGAGACAUCUGGACCUGAGCAACUCAUCUUUAGAGGGCAUAGCUGUUCUCAACAUACCCAGCAUGCACGGAGGCUCCAACCUUUGGGGGGAAUCCAAGAAACCUGAAGCCGUGUCAGAGGUGGGCCACAGUGAAGUCACCACUGACCCCGAACUUCUCAAAACAGUCAUACAAGAUAUGAGUGAUAAGCGUUUUGAGGUAGUGGGGCUGGAGGGAGUCAUAGAGAUGGGACAAAUCUACACUGGGCUGAAGAGUGCCGGGCACAGGCUGGCACAGACCUCCCAAAUUACCAUCAGGACAACCAAAGCUCUGCCCAUGCAGAUUGAUGGGGAGCCCUGGAUGCAGCCUCCUUGUACUAUCCACAUAACCCACAAGAAUCAAGCUAACAUGCUAAUGGCUGCACCAACCAAACCAUCAGGCUUUUUUCACCUAAAGUAAUGGUUCCAGGUGAUCCUCCAGUCUGCAGAGGGGACACUGUAGAGUAUUUAAAAGACUGUGCUCACUGCUGAGCAUGUAAGUGUGUUUUAUUGUCUGUGUCCUUUGCAUUUAUCCCCUGAUUAUGUUUUUUAAAUCACUGCUUACAUUUGUACUGGAACAAAUGAAAACAGUCUUCAGUCUGAUCAUUGCCACUGUGUGCCAACUUAAAUGUGAUGCAGUAUAUGUCUGUAAAUGAAAGAGCAAAGAAUGUUGUGUUACUGCAGUACAUUACUAAGGAAUAUGGUUUUACUCACUGCAUUUGAUGUUGUGUUGUUGUUUUUUUUGUGUGUGUGUUUUGUGGUAAAUCCCGUGUAUAAUAAUGUCUUGUUGAGAUUCAUCUAUACUUAACGCAACUUGUAAUGAAAAGGCUUUGUUUGGGCUUUAGAAGGUCACAGCAGCUCAUUUUGAUCACCAGCUUUGUCCAUCUAAAUGUUUUUCACCAUCAGUGUUCUGUCUAUGUGAAACAAGUGUGAAACAAAAGUAGAUAGUUAUGCCACUGUCUUUUAAAAUAUGAGAAACACUUGUAUGAAUGUGACUGGGUGUGGAUUUAUAGAGGAAUGAAAGUGCUGGGGACAUUUAGUGUUAACAAAAUUAAACACACUGUUACACACAUAAACAUAUUCUACACAUUAACGAUAAUAAGCAUCUUUGACAUUGGACUGUAUCUGUAUAUAUUUGCUGAACAUUACUGCAAUGUUCUUUUAAAGUUAACUAUAAGACAGUCAAAAUACACUCAGAAUGAAAUAUUUCUAAUAAUGAACCAAUGCCAAAAUGUUAUUGAGGCAAGCCAAAAUAUUCUACAUUGUGAUUUUAAUUUUAUUAUUUUUAGAAAUGUACAUUAUUUGUCUUAGCUUCCAAAAGUUUCUGGUGUUUGGUAUACACAUGUAACAUGCUUGUUUGUUCAUGUAAUAUCUUGUCACAUGUCAUAUUAUGUAUGUCAUUUGAAUGUGUGUCUUGACUGUGUUGUAUUUAAAUUUUUAAUUAUGCUUGUGCAACAUCACCUUGACAAGAAAAAUUAAAUAGUAAACAGGCAGUUAAAAAAUGCAUUGCAAUCUGAUAUCCCCUUUAUGAAAACUUGCCGUCUCAUGUGUGAUUUUCAUUGGACUUAGGACAUUUAUUUGAUACUCUCUCUCUCUCUCUGCAUGAUAUCACAGCUGAAUAUGUAAUUAAACUGCACUGAGA